AUGCAGCUCUCUGUCGCGAUCCUGAGCGUGCUCGCCUAUCCUCUUGCUUUGGCGGCUGACAUAUUCAGCCCCGAUUCAUAUGCCGCUGGCGAUGUGAUCUUUCGGGAUUUCGCCAUUAUUGGCGGCGGAGCGGCAGGAACAUACGCAGCAAUCGGCCUGCGAGAUAUGAACAGAUCCAUUGCUUUGGUCGAACGCUCAGGAAGGCUGGGUGGCCAUGCGGUCACUUAUACCGCUCCCAAGACUGGCGGAACGGUCGACUUUGGAGUGCAACUGUACCUCAACAAUACCCUCUGCCGCAAUUUCUUCUCAAGACUCAACACUCCCAUAGCAAACGCGUCUUUUGACUUUGCCGGAACGCCCGUUUAUGCCGAUUUCGCCUGGGGAACUGUCUUACCAGACUUCCAGAUACCCCAUCUCGGCCCCGAUUAUGUCAAUGAGCUCAACAAGUACCCGUAUCUCGAGAACGGCUUCAAUUUGCCAGACCCUAUCCCCAAGGAUCUGCUUCUGCCAUGGUCGCAAUAUAUACAAAAGUAUAACAUCAAUCAAUCGGUGCACGCCACCCUUGCGCGACCCGCAAAUCCGGGAAAUCCGCUAAAUACCCUUGCGAUGUACGUCUUCAACGACAUAAACCAUGUCAUGCUGGCUGAACACAACGGGCUUGCAAUCGUAAACGCCAACCAUGACAACUCCGAGCUCUACCGGAACGCCUUGGCGGAGCUGGGACCAGACGUCCUGCUGGACUCGACCGUUCUCUUCGCCCACCGGUCAAGAAGAAGAAGAGGUGGCGUCAGUCUCGUUGUGAAAACUCCAGCCGGCAAUAAGCUCAUCAUGGCCAAGCAACUUAUCAUCGCUAUGCCGCAGAUCCUCGACAAUAUGAAGUAUUUCGGCCUCGACCAGCGCGAGGGAAGAAUCUUGUCGCAAAUCAGAGGUUCCCCAUACUACGGUGGGGUGAUAAACAACACCGGCCUCUCUACGGAUUACAAUUAUCACAACGUCGGCGCCAAUACUUCCUAUCACGUCCCUGCCUUGCCAAACGUCCCAGUCAUCACCCCGACCCACGUGGACGGUCUAUUCUACUACUGGUACAACCCUGGAGAGCCGGCAACCAGGGACAAAGUGCAAAAGGCCAUGACAACUACGAUCAAGACACUGCAGAGAGCCACCAACGGCACAACCACGGCAGAGCCUGAAUUCCUCGACUUUUCAGAUUUCUCGCCAUUGCGCCUUGAUGUGUCAUCUCAGAGCAUCACCGGCGGCUUCUACAGGGACAUGUACGGCCUGCAAGGGUACAGAAACACAUGGUAUAUCGGCACAUUGUUCGUCGUCGGUUCCAGCCAGGUGUGGAACAACACUGCGACUAUGCUGCCGAGCAUCGUGUCGGCCGCGUGGUGA